AUGAAGUACAGGAGCCCCGAGGCAAAGGUUUAUGCUUCAACAAUGGAGGCAAAGCCUCAUAAGCUCUUUGAUGCUCCUCCAUAUGAUAAUAUUUAUGUGACAGCCCACGGCUUUGAGGCACUUGCGCCAAAGGCUCCAAAGAAGGUUCAAGCAGUGGAUCAUAAGCAUGCUACUGAAUAUGGUAAGAAGUGUAAUCAUAAGCAUGCUACUGAAUAUGAUAAGAAUUGUAAUCAAAAGGUGUAUGAAGAAGACAUCAAUGUUGAGGCUGAGGAGUUCAUUGAACUGGAGCACGAGAAAUUUGAAUUAAGCAAAUGGAUGUCAAUGAAGUAA